UUGCUUCCUCUCUUGUUGCUGGCUGGUCAACAAUUCACCAUUCUACAUCAGUGGAGAUAGACAUUUAUAAAGGAGGAAAAGUAACUGGAAUAGGAAUGAGAAAAAUGAAGAAACUGAAUAUGAACACUUGUCUUACCAUCACUUAGGAUAUGCAUUCUGCAUGUGAACCUCUGGAAACUUUGGUGAGGUCAUUCUCUAGGUCCUUCCCUGGAGCCAACAGGUGGAACUGCAUGUCAUGCCAGAAGAGAGGUGGUGUCUGACAAGAUGCUUUUGGCUAAAGUUCUGCCUCUGGAGAUGGAGCCAAUAAAGAGUUUCUUGGAUCUAGCCUCUAAACCAUGUGUUGAUUUGCUCGUGUAACGAGUAGGCACACAGUGGAACUUGCGUCAGGAGCAAAGAAUUCACAAUGUGAUCUCAUGAAGCAAGAAAGGAAGGAGAGAAGAUUUUUUAUUAUACUUUAUACAUUAGUUGGAGUUAGAAGGUUUUGAAACAACCCCUCACUGUUUGUCAAGGUCUGCAAUUUUGUGGUAAUGGAAAAUGCCACAUCAGUGGAAGAAUGAAUGACAAGCUGAAUUCUGUCAAUUUAUUGUCAGCACUGGGUGUAGUACUGGAAUUUCACUGUACAUGAAGAAGGAAGAUAAUCUUGAAAAUAGUGUUCCUAGAAAGGAAUGUGACCUGUUCAAUAGGAGUUCGUGUUGGCAAUAUUGCUUGGACAAGUUAGCAUCAUGUAAUGACUACUCUGGUAGGAAACUGCUGAGAAAUCAGGACUAUCAGAGAAGGGGGACACAAGCACAAAUCCAUAUGGAGGAUGAACCUCCUCCCCAAGGAGUCAGUGCCAAGGCCUUGGAGGCAACACUGUUGUCAGCCCUGAAGAUGCUGGAUGUUGGGAAAUGGCCAAUUUUUUCUCUCUGUUCCCCAGAAGAGAUCAAGUUAAUUCGUCAAGCCUGUGUAUUUGGCAGUGCUGGCAAUGAAGUGUUGUAUGCAACUGAAAAUGAUGAGGUUUUUGUGCUUGGCAUGAACUGCAGUGGCUGUUUGGGAACAGGAGACAUGCAGAGCACUAUAGAACCAAGGAGGUUAGAUUCCCUGUGUGGCAAAAAGAUAGCCUGCCUGAGUUAUGGAAGUGGCCCUCAUGUUGUUCUUGCUACAGAAGAAGGAGAAGUGUAUACAUGGGGUCAUAAUGCUUAUAGUCAGCUGGGCAAUGGCACAACAAAUCACGGUUUUGUUCCAUGUCAAGUCUCAACCAACUUGGUGAACAAGAAAGUCAUUGAGGUUGCCUGUGGCUCUCACCAUUCCAUGGUGUUAACAUCUGAUGGAGAGGUGUACACAUGGGGUUAUAAUAACUCGGGCCAGGUUGGAUCUGGUUCAACAGCAAAUCAACCAAUUCCUCGAAGAGUUACCAGCUGCCUACAAAAUAAAAUAGUUGUUAAUAUAGCUUGUGGACAGAUGUGCUCUAUGGCUGUGGUGGAAAAUGGAGAGGUCUAUGUCUGGGGGUACAAUGGGAAUGGCCAGCUGGGGCUGGGCAGCAGUGGCAACCAGCCCACGCCAUGCCGGAUCGCAGCCCUGCAGGGCAUUCGUGUGCAGCGGGUUGCCUGUGGCUAUGCACAUACAUUAGUGCUAACAGAUGAAGGUCAGAUAUAUGCCUGGGGAGCCAAUUCAUACGGCCAGUUAGGUACUGGGAAUAAAAGUAACCAGUCUUACCCUACAACAGUUAAUGUGGAUAAGGACAGGGUUGUGGAGAUCGCCGCCUGCCACUCAGCGCACACGUCGGCGGCCAAGACGCAGAGCGGGCAGGUGUACAUGUGGGGCCAGUGCCGGGGGCAGUCCGUCACCUUCCCCCACCUCACCCACUUCGCCUGCACCGACGACGUGUUCGCCUGCUUCGCCACCCCGGCCGUCAUGUGGCGCCUGCUCUCCGUGGAGCCUGAUGACCAUCUAACAGUAGCCCAGUCACUGAAGAAGGAAUUUGACAACCCUGAAACUGCAGACCUGAAGUUCCUAGUGGAUGGAAAAUACAUUCAUGUUCAUAAAGUUCUUCUCAAAAUUAGGUGUGAACAUUUUCGCUCCAUACUCAAUAAUGAUGAUGAAAUUAUAGAAAUGAGUGAAUUUUCUUACCCUGUUUACCGAGCCUUCCUGGAAUAUCUGUAUACAGACAACAUUAGGCUCCCUCCUGAAGAUGCAAUAGGGCUGCUAGAUUUGGCAACACUGUAUAGAGAAAACAGACUGAAAAAGCUUUGCCAGCAAACGAUCAAACAAGGCAUUUGUGAAGAGAAUGCCAUUGCUCUUCUUUCUGCCGCUGUCAAGUACGAAGCUCAGGACUUGGAAGAAUUUUGCUUCAGAUUUUGCAUAAACCAUUUGACUGUUGUUACACAAACUCAAGGCUUUGCAGACAUGGACCAUGACCUCCUGAAAAACUUCAUUAGCAAAGCCAGCAGAGUGGGAGCAUUCCGAAAUUGAGGUCUGACUACUACCAAGCUGAAGAGCAUGUCCUCUUCCCUCCUGGAAAUACUUCUCCUUUGGAGAACUACUCCGUGGUCAGAAUGUGCAAUGGCUUGGAAGGAAACUCUCGGUGUCCAUCAGCUAUGGGAGUGUGUAGAAGUCCACUGACAUGUAGGCUUUGUUGUAAGGAUGGCUACAGUGUGGUGACUGUUCAUUGCCAACGGGCAGAAAUUUAACACAAAAAUCUAAUGUAGUAACUACCCCUUUCCCACUCAAAGUCCAGCAAACUAAGCUUGUCAUUAUUUAGUCUGUCUAAUGUUUUUUUAACAGUCUGUGUUUGGAUUUUAUGGGACAGUGACCUGUUUGCUGCUAAAACUUCCAUAGUGUACUUUUGUCUUAAAACUCAGUUAAUAUGCCACAGUGGGCUUCUUUUUAUAAUCCAGUGAAGAUACAAACUUGUUUUUCUGGACAUAUAGUAAAAUAACCUAAGUUCUUUAGGAUGAGAGGCUUUCUGAUUUGUAGAAGGAUAUGUCUCACUUGGUGUUUAUUUGGAGUUUAUUUAUGAGGAGCUUCAACAGGGUAUUACAGUUUUGAGUUUCCAGCACUUGUCUCAUUGUUCAGCCAGAAUGCAAAUUCCCUUUCCAUCACACCGGGCACAGUCCCUGGCACCCCAGUGGAAGCACUCCCCAAGUUUGUCUGGGUGUGGAUUGUCAUGCUGUGAGUUUUACUGCUAAGAAAAUCACCUAGUUACAAACCCAAACGAGAUUUCAACAAAAGGAAGAUCUGCUUGAGGCUUAUUUAUUCCUCUUUUACUGUCUCUCCUCAGGCAGAUCAACUUCAAAAAAAUGGAGAAAAAGGUGAUUUUGAAGCAGUAACUCCAAAUUAAUUAAACUGUAAGAGUGAACUGACACUAUAUUCCAGAUGGUGAUAAAGGUAUCUUGUCCAAGUGCAGCAUUUCAGCUUCUCCUGUGGUCAGAGCUGCGAGAUGACCACAGCCCUUUCCUUUCAGGGCUGUUCAGGAGAGAGGAGCUGCUCUCUGCACACGCCUCUCUCCCAGCACUCCUCGUGGUGGCUAAGGUAGAGUAGAUGCUUCAUUUCAAACUGGCUGAAGUGAUUAAGGUGAAAACCCCACCAGUCCUGCACAAAGGAAGGUUUUACCCCAUUACAGAAGGUGUAGAGCUCAUGGAGCAUUUACUUUAAUUUUCCAACAGGUAACUGAAUUAACCCUGGGAAUUUAAGAUUUUGACUGAGUGAAGUGAAUUCAAGUACCUUUUGCAGUAUCUUAUGAAUGGAGCAGACAAAAAGCUGGAUGGCCAGGCUCAGUACACUAAUAUAAUUAUAGAAGUAGUCAAGCAAUCUUUCUGCAGGUCCCUGCUGUGCCACAGCAUCCUUCAGUGACCUUUUCUAAUCCUCAAAUGUGGUUUCUAAGAAUUUCGUUAAAUUAUCAUAUCUUCAUGUCUGAGGUGGAAGUAGCUGUUCUUUACUAUAUUGGAGGUUCAUUUCUUAAACAAUCCUGUUCUUUGAGGAUGAGUAAGAGGAAAAAAGAGCAGCUCUGCAGAAAUAGUGAGUAGUAUCCCCCUUCACCCCAGGGCCUGUGGGUGUGAGUGGAAAGGUGCAGCAUGCAGGUAGCAGAAUUUACUUAGGAAGAGGGUGAUGAGCAACUAUUUCAGAACAGGUUGUGGGCAAUAUUUACUUGUGUUUGAGACACUGGCCUCAGACUCUCACUUAGAUCAUCUGCUGCUAACAAGCACAUUCUGCCACCCCCUCACUGCUGAGUACCACUUCCUCCAGCAGUGUUAGGUCCAUUCUUAGCAACUGCGUCAGUAUUUUGUAUUCAAACAGAAGUGGUCAAAACCUGUCCAAUACAUCAUGCAGGUUCAUCAGAAACACAGUGUUGCUGGGGGAGGAGAUCAGUUUUGUUAUGUUUAUGUGGAGGAGCCCUUGACACCAGCACGCACACAGAGGUUACUGCAGACAGUCAAAGAGUGUCACUGUUUUACUGCCAACCCUAUGUGCUCUAGCCCAGCACUGCUCCUACCAAAGCAUGGACACAAAGGAUUCUAUGCAAGCCAAGGCUGCAGAUCCCUGCUUAAGCCUGAGAUGCCAGCUUCACCUGCCAGCAUUGCCUCAAGGUUAGCAGUGCAUGGAAUGAGGGUGUACAACCACCUCCCAGCCUUGGGGCAGCAGCUGACACCAGCCCUGUCCCACCCACCCCGAUGGCAUCACACUGGCACACAUCCACUCUCACUGGGAAAGGGAACCAGCUGGGCACCUCUGCCCUGGGACUGGCUUGGCAGUGGUCACUCCAGCUUUCCUAAGGUGUGCAUUAUUAUCUCCAUACCUUUUCUGUUGUUCCAUUCAGAAGAUUCAAACAAAAAGCUAUAAAUGUGAAAUGAUGGGGAUCUGAUCAGAAACCUUUUCUGGCUCUCUGGGGACACUGCUGCAUGGAAUGAUAGCAUGGAGAGGGACACCGCUCUCCUCCAUUAGCUCAAGUUCAUAAUAAGGUGGUUGAACAGAGAUCACAGCUGAAAUGGCAUGCUGCUUAACAAGACAUUUUUGGUGUAAUAGAACCAAGUGUCUUUUUUUUUUCCAAUUUACUUCCUUCCUGCUCAUUAUUUCCAACCAACCAUACACAUUAAAGCCUACUUGCAAUUUCAGAGUAAUUGACAAAGCCUGUAAUUUUGAGAAAAAGCAUCUCUGGACUGAAUGAGGGUGAUUCUGAAGGUCUGAUGUGUCAGCGUUGGCUUUUGUUCUGUAUCAUCUGACCUGGCUGUGCUAAUGUUACAUUCAUAGAAACACUUAUUUAUUUAAUUUUUUAAAUUUUUGUUGCUUGUGUUCAAAAACCCCACCCUUACUGGCUUAGGUGGUUAAAUGUGAGUGCAUGGAUGUAAAUAUGUGCUUGAAACACAACCAUGGAACAUUUCAGAAGAAGUUAAAGAUGCAUUUUACUGUUGUGAGACAGUCUGCAACAACCUUGUGUUUAUGGAACUUGCAGGUUAAAUACUUAAUAAAGUAUUGUUCUGUUUUAGGAUACCACAGACAAAAGGUAUUUAUUAAAAAGUGAAAAUUUAGUCAAGCAGAAACUGUGUCUGGGGUUUAAAUAAGAGCAAUGUUCCACUUACUAGAAAGGAAUCUGGAAAGAAAAAGAAAUUACAUGGAUAGGGUGAGCUGAAGGUUCUCCUAAGUUACUGAAGCUAAAAGCCAGCACUGCAUUGUCAUCUAGUACCCACCUGUAGAGUUUUGUUACAAUGCUUGGUAACUAUGUAAACUGCUGUUUUUAUAUGACCAGAACACUUUCCGUGGGCUUUCCCUGUAAAAACAAAGCAUUUAUUUGCCCCAUAGAGGCAGGAUUCAUUGGCCACCACCCAAUGAUGUAGAAAGUUUACAGCCUGAAUGUAAACUAUAUUUUUUUUUGUUUCUAUGCAAGCUUACCUGGACCAUUAAUAAAAAUGCCAUAAUAUUUAAAA